AUGUCAAAUAAAAGCAAAGCAGAUAGACCUACAAAUAAAAGAGAGAACCCAUUUUCUACUCCAAUUAGGCAAAAACCUUUAUUAACUAGCCCGUUAUCAUUAGAUUCUCACACCUCACGAUCUUCGUCCAAUUUAAGCACACCUUCUAGGAUAAUGCUAGGAUCGAAUUCGAAUGAAAUGGAUCAUGUUUUAUAUUUCGCAAAACCUUAUAGUGAGUGGAAGCUAAUAAAAUUUCUAAAAAGAAAAAAAUACAAGCAAGCCCAACAAGAUACUAAUUGGAAAGAUGAAUAUAAAACUUAUGAAAAACAUAUAAAUGAUGAUGUGUUAGAACAAAAAUCAGCAAACUGGGAAUCAUUGGAAAAUCAAAAGCAGAAAUCCAAUAAUAAGUUACCAUUCGGACGAACUAUAGAAGAUUCUCUGCAAGAAGCAAUCAUUCAAAUUCAAGAAAAAGAUUCUUAUUAUAAUCAUGAAAUUUUUUCAAAUAUUAUUAAUACAAAUGAUAAUGACAUUAAAAUGAUCUUCUCUAUAGAAAAUAUUAAUUUUCUAAAUGCCCUAACCAUGACUACAAUGGAAAACAUAAAUACCAAUGCUGAUAAUACUAUCACGAACACCAAUACCAUCACUAAUAUUAGCAAUUCAAAUAUAACCAUGAGCAAUGCUAGCACUGAUGAUAUAGGUGACAAAGGUGAAAGUGUUUUUAAGAAAAUAACAAGCUAA